GAUCUAAAAGGAGCAACCAUUCAAAAAAUGACCCUGCUGCUGGAGGGGAGUUGGGAGAGCAGCGGCUGAUGCUAACAGGAGCAAUGUGGCAGCUGCUGUGCAUAAAAGUGAUGGGGCCAAGGGGCUGCUGGGCUCACCAUGAAGUCGAGCGGGGGUGCUGCAUCCGACCUAGAGGAACUGGAGAGUGGCAGCAGCGAGAGCAGCUCCGGAAAAUCCUUGACUUCCACCGGAGCCCAAGGGAAGCGCAAGCGGAAGAGCCCUCGGCUGAGUGGGUUGAGCAAGCAGAGGCAAGCUGCCAAUGCCCGGGAGAGGGACCGAACCCACAGCGUGAACACAGCCUUCAGCACCCUCCGCACCCUCAUCCCAACCGAGCCUGCAGACCGCAAGCUGUCCAAGAUAGAGACCUUGCGCCUGGCCUCCAGCUACAUCUCCCACCUGGCUAACAUGCUGCUCUUACAGCAGCAGCAGCAGCCACCGCAACAGAGCGAGAGCUUGGGGGAGGAACAGCUGCCUUUGAGGCAGCCCUGCUUGCAAUACCAGCCUCUCCUGCAGGGCGGCGGCACAGCAACGGCACCAAGACCAAUCUGUACCUUCUGCCUGAGCAACCAGAGGAAGCUGCACAGAGAAAGGGAGAAACACUUGUCUCUUUAAAAGCAUUGUGGACAUUGAUUCAGAAGAGAAGCUUGCACAAAUACCGGACUGGUUAUAGAACAGUUGUAGGUAACCUCUCUCUGUGUGUCUCUGCCACUCAUAUCAUAAUGUUUACAUUGAAAUUGUGCAAUUACAUAGAAAAGGGAAAGGGGGUGGGAGGACUAACCCUGAUCUGUACUUUGUUUUCCAUUGCCACAGGCUUAUUCAAAGGGGAUUUUUGCAGUUGAAACUGAACACGGUGGGGAAAGUUGCACCUGGCGUGGCAGCUAUUUUCGUGCAAGAAAUGCUAAACCUAAGCAGCCAAGCCCUGAUACUGAUGCCUCCUAGACCUAUGUCACAUGAUGGAACUUGAGCUAUCAAACACCCGGCGUCUCCUCUUAAUGGGAGACUCUCAUAAUGCACCAGGCUCAUAGCCUCUAGCUACCAUUGGACGGCUAAGCCAUGUCACACUGCCCUCUCUCUUUUUCAGUCAAAACCUCAUUGGCCUCUGCUAGCAGAUUCAAGGAUUUCCACUAAAAUUGCACAUUAAAGGAUUGUACGCAAAUUACAGGAGAAGCACACACACAAAGGCUAGAGCGGUUGUACCAAUUUUGUUUCUUGGUCAACACAGUGCGGUUCCUCUUGUCAGUCUGUAGGCCAGACAAGAAGAAAUUAUUGCAUUUAGCAUAUUAUGUUUUUUAUUCUUUAAAAAAAUAGUAGCUGUGAGGAAGAUCAGGACAGAACUGACAUUUCCCCCCUCUGCUCUACCAUCCUGGUGAAAAUACACCACCAUGAUCACCCACUGCUCUUACUUUCAAAGUAAAACAAAACCCAUUAAAUGCUUAUGUCCAUUUAAUGUACCAUUUAGUUUUUUCCCACCCCAGACAGUCACAGUGGGAAAGGGCAGGAAUUUCCUCUGUCCAGUCAAGAUUUGCUCAAAAUGAAUCAAAAUAACAUCCAUCCUGUGCCCCUCAAUCAUAGUCAGCCCAGGGCCAGAUAGCUUUUUGCUGUGUGUGAGAGACAAUGUAGUGUAGCAACGAGUCAAAACCUGCAUGUGCUACAACUGCUUGCUUCUCCUCCCUCACAAGGUGGCUUAAGCGUGUCUAUUUUAUCGUCUCUCUACUGCAGAUGCUGAGGGAAGCCGUCAUGUAACUUUGUAGCCAUGGUACUGAAAUGAGCAAAGCACCCCGGUGUCAGCUUCAGAACAAACCCAUCUUUGGCCAUGUGAACGUAGCCACAGACUUGCACCACAGCUCUGCUGUCAAAUCAGCUUGGCCAAAUGGCUCUGGAGGGAGAUGCAGCCAAACUGAGAGGAGGUUCUCCGCUUAGGCCUGAAACUUGAGAAGGGCUGUUGAGUGACUCAGGCCAAUUCUUGAAACCGUGUGGGAUCUUUCUAAAUUUGUUCAUCAUUGAAGUGUGGAGCAGGGGAGGUUCCCAUGGGCCCUCUAAAUUUAUCUGCUCUCCUAGGUUAUUCACAAGUUGUGCCUGUACAUUAUCACUGGUGCUAUCUGAUUGCUGGUCGUCAUGUAAGCAUGCAAUCUUUAUUUUGAAUUAAGCUGAGCAAGUUUUGGGGUUGUUUUUUUAAAAAAAGCCACUUUUCCAAACACAGGCAGAAUAAAAAAACAACAACAACAUCAGUUCACAGUAGAGGGGUUUCUAAAAUGGUCAGACAGAGCUUUCGUUAAGGAGACAUAUGCAUGUGUUUACAGUGUGCUUGCACGUGCGUGGAAUAAUUUUCGCACUGUGGUAUGUCACCAUAACACAUGGCCUCAUCUUUCAUAUCUAAAAGUAAUUAAUCCUACUCAGCUGGGAAGCUUGCUAGGCGUCCUUGGGCCAGUCACUAUUUCUCAGCUUAACCUACCUCACAGGGUUAUUGUGAGAAUAAAUUGAGGAUUGGAGGAGGAGAACCCUGUAUGUCACCCUGAGCAUCUCGGAGGAAAGCUGGGUUAUAAAUGUAAUAAAUAAACAAACCAAUAAAUAAAUACAAAAAUCAGGAAAAAGAAAUAAAUUGGGGGAAUCGGUCGAGAUAAACAACGCUCUGAUAAUGAUUCCUCAGCAUUCCUAAAUAAUAAUAAUAAUAAUAAUAUGUAAAUAUUAAUCCCUGAGUUAAGCCACAUGAAAGUAAUGCUCUGUGGCAUACAUUUCACAAUGUAGAUGAAUGUUUAAUUCACUUAGGCUUAGCUAUCACAAAUCCUUCAUCAUAACUUUUGCUUAUAGUCAAGGAACAAUAUAGAACAGGUUGGUUUAACCCUGAGUAAACCUCUCCCCUUCAGUGAAGCAACUUUUGUGGUCCUACUCACAACCAUCCAAAUUUCUGUGGCUUUUCCUGACAGGAAGCUUAAAAACAGCUACCAGUUUUGGAGACAAAAUAAGCCAGCAUGUCAGAGUGUUGUUGUUUUUUUUAAAAAAACAAACUACUAAGCUAGGAUGUGUUGAUAGGCAGUGUGAACGAAUAUGAAACACAUUCCACUUCUUCCACAGUCUGGGGGUCAGUGCCCUGUUUUGAUGGCCAUUUUUUCCCUUGUGCACAUGACAGCUCUUUGCUUAUAAUAAGUCAACUGUCAUAUUUCCCUUAAGCGGACUUGGGGAUUUUGCACACCUCUGACAAAGCUACACAGCUCAGACUGAGUAGAGGUGGCCUGCAUGCUGUUAACAAGCCUCAUGCUGACCCAUUUAUAACAAAGUGGUCAUCAUAGGCACAAGAAAAGUGUCAGCCAUCAGGUCCUAUUUAGUGACUGGUUCAUAUGAAUUUUGUUCACAUUUUGGGCAUACAUCCCUCCUUCAUUUUCUAUUGCACUCCUGUAAUUUUCAAAAUGUUACAUGCACUUUUAAUAAUUAUCUUUCAAUUGCUUUGGAAAGAAUAAUCAUAUUCUAAAGGAGGACCGGAUUAAGACCCUUUGUCAAUUCUAAAGAAAACAGGUGUUCCAAACAGGCCAAUUUCCCCACUAUUAUGUUGUAAUGGUUGGGAAAAAAUACCCUUGCUGAAUGUUUCUACUUUAGAGCUCUUAAAGGGACAUAAGCGCUUUCUUCUUCUUAGAAGUUGAAGUCUGUGCUACUUAAUUUUUUUUAAAGUCUUUUACAAUUGGAAUAAAUACGGUAUAGCCUGCUGUUUUGUUUGUUUUUACCAGAAACAGUAAACUAUUCCAUUACACUACGCUUCAUCCACACUAUCCUUUCAUAAACAGGUAAAUAACAUCUGAAUGAUGUGCUUCCCCUAGAUAGAUAGAUAGAUAGAUAGAUAGAUAGAUAGAUAGAUAGAUAGAUAGAUGAUAGAUAGAUAGACAGAUAGACAGAUAGAGAUAUUAAGCUCAUCCACCCAGACUGUUUUAUCCCCCCCCUUUAAUUACACAUAUAAUGUCAUAUAUAUAGAUAAAUGUUCAGUCCAGGUUUCCCUGCACAUGAGCAGGGACCUAGAGCUAUGCAUAUAACUGUACAAAAAUACUUAGCCAUCAUGAAAUUAUGCUGCAGAAAUAUAGUCCCACAUGGGACUUGAAUCCUUGGAAUGCAUGAUGGGCAUACAUUUUGCAAAUAAUCUGGCUUUAAGAAAAAGCAUGAGCAGCCUGGAUGCUCAAUGGAAGAAACAAUCCAAUAUGGGCAAAGGCUCGAUUGGAACUGAACAGUCAAAUUCUGCGUAUAAAUCCAUUUAAAACAAAGUCAUCCUCUGUCCUUAAUCCUAAUAUUUAAAUAGCUCCUCCUGAACAUUUGAGUGGUUUUACAGUUCUUUCUACUGGGCCCCUGCAUGAAUAUUUAUGCUGAUAACUACUAACAGAAGUUAAGCGUUUGGUUUGUGAGAUCAUGAAAGUCAGCAAUCAAAUGAAUAUGACUCAAGGGAUUACUAUAUCCUACAGUGUAUAGUGAGGCAAGACUUUAAUCUUCAAGUUGUUCUAGCUAAGGCUCCUGAGUCCAUAAGCAGCUAUGCUUCUGAAGCUUCCCCACACCAAGGCCUCUCCAGGCAGCUGAGGGAUGCAGCCUACCCUAAACAUACCUAAAGUUCAUCGAAAGCGCACAAACUUUUUCUUAAGCAGCCAUUUACCUUCUGCCAAGGUUGUUGCAACUUUGCAUUGCUAUGCCAUUGCAUCUGCUUCUGGGUCACACUCACAACUCCAGGG